UUCCUUUAAACAAAAAAUAACACACACAGCUAAGCUGCCAUUGCCGGCCAUGUAAAACCUCAUACUUUAUCAAUUCUAAGGGACCAAGCUUUCAGAAUUCUGAUCACAUCGCAUGUGCUAUUGUACUGCUCAGAUUGCCUUCAGAUUCACUCGGCCUUUUCACUAAAUUGAAUACAUUUUCUUCCUUGAGCAAUUUCAGCUUGGAAUAUACGGAAACAAGAAAAAACUUGAAAACCUCAACCUGAUUUACUUCACCAAUAUAGCCCACCAUAUGAAUAUGUAUAGAGAACCUGACCCUUAGUUUUGAGCUUUAUAUAUUAAUCAUUUCCCUUGUUUUCAUUCUGAGACAUCUUAAUCUUUCUAGGCUUAUCAUAUUCAUUUCUUAAAAGUUUAUUCCGUUACAGUGGGCGUUCUUGAUCUAUAUAUUCAACCCUCUACCUCCAUUCAAAACCUCCUCUUCCUUAUCUUUCUUCCUUCCAUAAAACUUUGAUCUCUAUCUUUCUCUCUUCCACUGGUUCUGUAAACCUGCGUUCCCUUCAUUCUAGUGUUUUCUCAUAUACCUAUAAAGCUCUCUUAGUUCGUUCCUAGCUAGCUUCUGUAAUGCUUAAUAUAUACAUAUACAGCUCUUCAUGUUUGAGCUAGAUUGAUGUCUCCUGUACUCAGUGAAAUCCUCCUCUCUGGGUUUAUGAUAAACUCCACACUCAGACGCAGGACCCAUUUAGUUCAAUCCUUCUCUGUUGUCUUCCUCUACUGGUUCUACGUGUUUUCAUGAACAACUGCCUACAAAACCAAACCCUUCAUAUAUAAACUAGUUUUGCAUCACAUUUUAUAGACUCCUACCCUAUUUUUCAUUCUACUUGUUAUUAUUUUGUGUAACAUAAUUAGCAUUUGCAUGGCCACUUCUAGUGGCAACUCAUCUGGCUCCAGCGCGCUUCAGAUUACGAACUCCGGCUCUGAACGAGAGGGUCUCCAUCAGGUUAUAGACCAGAGGAAGAGGAAGAGAAUGAUGUCCAACAGAGCAUCAGCACGGCGGUCUCGGAUGAGAAAGCAAGAGCACCUGACUGAUCUGACGGCCCAAGUUGGUCUGUUGAGGAAAGAAAACAACCAAAUCCUUCAAAGCAUCAAUGUCACGAACCAGCUCUACCUGAACCUUGAGGCUGAGAACUGUGUGCUCAGAGCCCAGGUGGCUGAGCUCACCAACAGGCUGCUGAGUCUGAAUGAUAUUGUCGACUGCAUUGACUCGACCAAAUGGCUUCUGGACAAUGAAGAGGACAUGAGUGAUCAGUUUGGUGGUGAUGAGUUUCUUAAUCCAUGGAAUAAUCUUUGCUUCAAUCAACCAGUUGACAUGUUCAUGUGCUGAAGCUAAACUUAAUUAGUUGGGUUAAUUUGUUUGGUUAAUAAUGCUUAAUGGUACUUGUAACUCAUGGCAUGUGCAAAUGUAUUCCUAUUAUAUGAGCCAAGGGUUUUGGUUUUUGUAAUCAAUCUUUUAUGGGUUUGUUGGAAUCAAUGAAAUAUAAAGAAGUGGAAACUCUUUAUGAA